UUCGGAGGCAUCUUCAAUCGUAGAGGACUUGGAGGCCAAGAUGUCAAGGUUACUCUCGAAGUAUCAUUCAAGGAAGCCAUUCAAGGUUGCACAAAGACCGUGACAUUUCAAGCUGCUUUACCCUGUGAAACUUGUGGUGGAACUGGUAUUCCUCCUGGAACCAAACCUGAAACAUGCGAAUCCUGUAAAGGCUCAGGAAUGAUAUUCAUGCAAAGGGGCCGCUUCAGGUUGCAAUCCACUUGUUUGAAGUGUGGUGGAACUGGGAAAACUGUCUCGAACAUCUGCAAGUCGUGCAAGGGAGAUCGAGUUGUAAGAGGAACAAAAUCGGUCAAAAUAGAUGUGCUGCCAGGGGUGGAUGAUAAUGAAACAAUGAGGAUUUAUGGAAGUGGUGGAGCGGAUCCCGAUGGCAAUCGACCUGGUGAUCUUUAUGUUACAGUCAAGGUGCGGGAAGACCCUGUGUUUCAAAGAGAAGGCCCCGACAUUCAUGUGGAUGCUGUUCUAAGCAUCACUCAGGCAGUUCUGGGAGGAACCGUUCAGGUCCCAACUCUUACUGGAGAUGUAGUUAUUAAGGUUCGGCAAGGUACCCAACCUGGCCAGAAGGUUGUUUUAAAGGGCAAAGGAAUAAAGAUGAGAAACUCUGCCUCCUAUGGGAACCAAUAUGUUCAUUUUAACGUCCACAUUCCAACGAAUCUGACACAGAGGCAGCGGACACUACUGGAAGAGUUCGUGAAAGAGGAGCAGCAGGGGGGAUAUGAUAAGGACACUACUGCUGCUGGGGCAUCCAGGUAAAUUUAAGACCAGACAGACUGCUGCUCAAGGAAUGAUUUGAGUAUCGCCUGCACAGUUGGAAUUAUGUAGGAAUGUGGGUUGAUUUGAUUGGUUUUUGUAAGAUAUGCGUCUCUUUUAUGGUCUUUAUGUAAACAAAAUCCAGAUGGAUUUCAAUCACAGAUUAUCUGACAUGGGAGCCAUGUUGGCUUAAGCCGGGGUUUCAGUUCAUUCUGGGAACUGGAACGCAUUUGUAUUAUUUGGCACAUUCCCACCAGACAACAGAAACAUGGAUCCCAUAUCAGAAACUGCUGGUGAUUGGAAAUCAGAAUCCUUCUAUGAUUUUGUCAACACAAACAGGCCCUUCUAUGGCCAUCUAUCUAGAUCAAUUGUAAUUGGGAGUUGGAAUUGUAAAUAAUCUAUUUAUAUAUCAUAAAAUGAAUGAGAUUCAAUGCGUUUAUUUGAAAUGAA